ACCCCUACCCUGCUGCCGUCAUCCGACCCUGAGGAGCUUCACGUUUCCUAACUGUGACCUCAGGCUGUCAGAUGCACACCUCUUAGCAUUAGUAUUGCUGAAAACGGAUAGAAAAUUAGUAGAAAUACACUGAACUGUUCUCCGACUUAGAUUUUUUCUCUAUCAUCUUGUUCACGGCCACACAGAUAACUCAAAAACUCAGAGAGGAGCGGGGUUAGCAGAAGGCAUGGCUACAAUCGAGGAGCUUUCCCCUGCUGCGGGCCCGGUGUCUACCCGGCCACCAGAAGACGAGAUAGACGACGACGAAGAAGAUGAAGAUAUGGAUGAGACGUUGAUGGAGAGGUUGUGGGGCCUGACAGAGAUGUUUCCUGACACAGUGCGCACAGCUGCAGAGGUCUCUGCUCAGUGCUCUGUCUCACUGGCCAAGAAGUUUUAUAGUUUUUCUCGCUCUGCGCUCUGGGUGGGCACUACCUCUUUCAUGAUUCUGGUGCUUCCUGUUGUGUUUGAAACUGAGAGAUUACAGCUGGAGCAGCAGCAGCUACAGCAACAGAGACAGAUCCUGUUGGGGCCUAACACUGGAAUGUCUGGUGGGAUGCCGAGUAUGAUGCCUCCUGCAACUGGCAAGAUGUGAGCAAUGGGACGGGAUGACAUUAGCCUCAGAUCUGCUGCCAGUGACCCAGCGGGGUCAUCUGCAAGGAAAGACAGAGAGACCAGGGAGAAGAAAAGCAUUUUAAGGCAAAACCUGUGAAUCAACAACACUGCAUUACUCUCACUCCAACAUGUUUUGGUGCAUCGGCCUGGAGAAGGAGUGUGUGAUGCAGACUGCCUCUCUCUCACUGUCUCUCUUUACUACUAAUGUUAUGCAGAGACUGAUUUCCAGGAGCAUGUCUUGUAUUAUGUUGGUCUUUUUCUUUUUUUCUCUUUUUUAAAAAAUACUUAUUAAAACAAAAGUAAAGUGUUCAUUAGCGGAUAUCAGAUGCAGGUCGAAACACGACGAGAAGAAGACUUCCUCAAGGUUGUUUGUGCUGGUGUUUGCAGUUUUUCAGCAGUUCUGUCCAUCUUCAUGGUCUUGUUGAUUCCACCUGUAUAUGGAGAGUAAUGUUAGGUCCAAACGAUUAAGUGAAGCUGCUGUAAACACCGUCAAGUUGUGUCGACAAAGCAGCCUCUCAAAGUUCUACCAAGUAAACGGCACGUUUUUCUGUGUGGUGUUUUUCUGUCUACAUUUCUCACAAUAAUUGUAAAUUGUGUCAAAAUGCUCCCAUCAUGUUUAUUGAUUUUAUUGUUUCUCAGCUUCAAACUAUGUAUUACAUAAUGCAAAAGAACCAGAAUUCAUGUUCUUCUGGAGUCAAGAUCAUUCUUUUUCUUGGUGUGCAUAUGAAAUUUUCAUAGUUUUGGAAUUUUAGAUGGUGCACAUGUUUCGUGCCAUAGUUAUUCCAACAAAUUCAGUCUUAAAAGAAUAUUAUAUUGUUUUGUCCAAUGUUAUAUAUGUAUCCAGUUACAUUGUCUUACACUCAUGCAAACCAGUUUCCCACCUUUUUUCAAACAUGGCUGCAAAAAUGAAAACACCACAUUAAAUAGAAAGCCUUGUUUACCUGUA